GACAUUUCUUUAGCCAAAAGCCGGGGCAGUAUGGACCUCACUCUUCUGUGGGUGCUUCUGCCACUGGUGAGCACAGCCUGGGGCCAGUAUGGUGACUACGGGUACCAUCCAUACCAGCAGUACCAGGACUACAGUGACGACGGAUGGGUGAACCUGAACCGUCAGGGCUUCAGCUACCAGUGUCCCCACGGGCAAGUGGUGGUAGCUGUGAGGAGCAUCUUUAACAAGAAGGAGGGCUCUGACAGACAGUGGAACUAUGCCUGCAUGCCCACUCCCCAAAGCCUCGGGGAGCCCACUGAGUGCUGGUGGGAGGAGAUCAACAGGGCUGGCAUGGAAUGGUACCAGAAGUGCUCUAACAAUGGAUUGGUGGCGGGGUUCCAAAGCCGUUACUUCGAGUCAGUGCUGGAUCGAGAGUGGCAAUUUUACUGCUGCCGGUAUAGCAAGAGGUGCCCAUAUUCCUGCUGGAUGACAACCGAGUACCCAGGCCACUACGGCGAAGACAUGGACAUGAUUUCCUAUGACUAUGAUUUCUAUAUGAGAGGAGCAACAACCACUUUCUCUGCAGUGGAAAGGGAUCGCCAGUGGAAGUUCAUAAUGUGCCGGAUGACUGACUAUGACUGUGAAUUCGAAAACGUUUAGAUUCGCCACGUACAGAAGUCCGGGUGAAGGGCAAGGGUCCUGAGGGUGUCAUAUCACAUCUGCUAAUAUUAAUUAGAACAACUGCACUUUUUUUUUUGCUCUCUUCCCUGGGAUGGGAGCUAUAGUGUCAGCUGCCUAGGCCUUUGUCACCACGAUCACACGUAUAAAUAAACCCACAAUUAAGCCUUGUUUCUCCCUUUCAACACAUUCCGAAACAAGCAUCUCCAGUUGCUGAUGACAGUUUCCUUGCAUAGCACAUGUACAGCUUACAGCCUGCUGCCCAGAGCACCUGUCCCAGCCUUGCUGGGCUCGCACUAUAACUCAGCUUCAGAUUCAGCUUAAUAAACUUGGAGGGGGAGGGGGAGGCGCUUGAGAGAGGUGGGGAUAAAGGUUCUCUAUAGCUAAGCCUGUUUGAAUGACAACACCCAGAGAUCUCACCUGGGGUGGUGGGAGCACUCUCUGUCUUGAGGGAACAUGUACCUACUCUCUCCUUCCACAAGAGCCACAUACACUUAGAAGUUCCAGUGAAGAUCUAUGUGCUUCAGAAGAGAGGGGACUUGGAGGUGAAAGGGGGAGUGGGAGGGGGGCUUGAGGACCUAGCUGAAAGAUUUUAGGCUGAAAGAACUUCCUUGAUUCAAAGACAUAUGUCAGUAGACCCAACAAUGAGAAUGAAUAUGAGGGCCAGGAAAACUUGUGGGAAUCAGUCUCAAGACAGAAACAGAGAAAGAAAGAAAAGUGGAUAGGACUCAGAUUGGGAACCUGGGUAGACAGGAGUGGCAAGGGAAGAAGGGAUCUUGGGUUAUCCACAGUUUGAGACACAUCCGGUGUUCGGCCAUAUCCCCAGAAGCCACAGAGAUGUUGCUUACACGUCUCUAGAUUGGUCCUGAGGUUCCUCCUCCCUUUCCCGUGGAGCAUGAAAGUGCAUUCUGCAGAGAUAACACCAUCUUUCCUCCCCCUGUAAUAUGUCCCUAGCCAUUUGUAGCUCCUUCUUUAAAAAAAAAAUAAAGGUAACAAUAUUCACUGUGCUAUAGA